CAGAGGGGAGGGAUCCAGGGGGCGCUGGAGUGGUUCAUGGAAGUGGAGCUGGAAAUGGCCAAGCGGACGUUUUCAUAUUAACGUUAGCUUGUUUUUUGUGUGUGUUGAUAGUUAGUCUCUAACUAGCGCGUAUCUUGUUGCGUUUAUUUUAUUCAUGUCAUUGGUUUAGCUCGCCUACGUCCUCUAGUGAACCAUAAUCAGCGGCGGGCAGAAUUCUCUGAGGAGGUGAAGAUCAUCUGAGGCGAGCUUCAGGAGACCCUCUUGUGUACAUGGCACUAAGUGUGGUCACACCAUGAGUGGGGAGCCAGAUGCCUUAGCUGUGGUCAACCAGCUAAGGGACUUAGCUGCUGACCCCCUGAACAGACGAGCCAUUGUAGAAGACCACGGCUGCUUGCCAGGCCUCAUCCUCUUCCUUGAUCACCCAAACCCUCAAGUUGUCUAUUCUGCAUUAUUGGCGGUGCGCUACCUGGCAGAAUGCCGUGCCAACAGGGAGAAGCUGAAGGGCGAGUUGGGCAUGAUGCUGAGCCUGCAGAAUGUCAUGCAGAAGGGCACAUCACCUGGGGAGACCAAACUGUUGGCUUCAGAGAUCUAUGAGAUCCUGCAGAACGCCAGCAAUGCUGAAACUGAGCAGGCAGAAGCGGCUGCCUCGUGCCGCCGCAAGGCCCAGUUUUUCUUGGGCUCCACUAACAAGCGAGCCAAAACCGUGGUGCUGCAGAUUGACGGUCUGGACGACUCUAGUCGGAGAAGUCUCUGUGAGGAGGCUUUGCUGAAAAUCCGGGGAGUCAUCAGCUUUACCUUCCAAAUGGCUGUAAAGAGGUGUGUGGUCAGGAUUCGCUCUGACCUGAAGGCAGAGGCCUUGGGCUCAGCCAUAGCGUCAACCAAUGUGAUGAAAGCACAGCAGGUGGUGAAAGGGGAAGAUGGCUCUGAGGUGGUUAUCCCAUUCCAAGAAGAUUCCAGCAUGGUAGUGGAGCAGAACAUGGACUUGCCAGACUACCUGCCCGAGGACGAGAGUCCGGCUCAGGAGCAGCACAAGGCUGUAUCCAGACUGGGCUCCAUGCAGGACGGCGUGGGCUGGUUGAGCACAGCAGCUAACUUCCUGACCCGCUCUUUCUACUGGUGACCCGCGACUGUACAUCACCCACCAAAAGAAACCCUGCCCCGCUCCCACUGCUGCUGCCCUCCCAGCGUGCUGGAUCGCUGUGUGCAUCUCGCAAUAAACAUAAGUGUCACCAAACCGCUGCUGCGGGCUGCUGUGUACAGUCUGCAAACUAAAGCCCACUUAACAAGGCUCACCUUAGCGCACGCAACACACGAGACACUAAGCCAUAGAGCAACAAACGGGUUUCAGGACGAGCGUCUCCUCUGUAGCUGCUCUCUUUUGCCCAUCUUUAUUAUAUAUAUUUUUUUUGUUCCACCCUCUUUUGCUCCAGUUUCUCUUUAUGGGUCCAUUUCUAAUACCGUUUCUGAUACCAAAAAGCAUUGAGUUUGUGUGUGUUUUUUGGAGAUUUCUCAAUGCUCUGUCAAAUUGGACGAAAUGGGAUGGGUCAGUUUUGUACGCUGAAACUCUUCGUGUGCAUGAGGUUUGGGUGUCUAUUUUAUUUUCUAUAUAUUUUUUGUAUACUUGCCCUUCAUCUCAACUCUUGUGAGUGUUUUACCAUCUUUAUUCUUUUUUUUUUUGCCAAUAUUUUGAUGAUAAUCCUUUUUAAAUUCACUUUACCCCUUUGGGGACUUUUUCAAAGCAUGCUCUAACUUUUGAUGCCUUUAUUUUCAUCCACUUUUGAGUCCUUAUCCUUUUGUGUGUGUGCCUUUGCAUUGCAGUUUGUGCUUCGUUUUGAACUACUUCUCUUUCUUGGAACUUUGGGCACUUUAUAAAGACAGAGGUUAUGUUCUGAAAAGUGAACUCACUUGCCCUGGGUUCUUUGCUUUGCUUGCUGAGUCUUUUAAGAAACAUACGGAGAACCAUUUGGGAGAAUUAAUGAAUGGAUGAAUGAAUGAAUGAUUUGGAGCACCACCAGCAAUGGCUGCUGUAGUGUUAUUGAACAAGCCUAUAUAAUCAAAUAUCUCCUUUUAGUGCAUGCAGAAAAAGGGAAAUCACCACUCGCUGUUGCAUACUUGGGAAAACUAACCGACUCUGUUAAAUAUGUGCCAAGCACUGUAGUAACAUCUUUAUGGACUAACCUAUAGACAGAUACUGUAGUUCUGACUGUUGAUGAAUUUGCUUUUGUGUGGCUUUUCUGUUGUUUUUCUUGCUUAUGUCUUAUGUUCACCUUUAUCUCUGACCUAUAGCAUUAUUUCUUGUCAGGUCUUCAAUACUGGUCUUCUUAGUUACUAAAAUAAUUACUACUUAAAUCAGUAUGACCUCAAGCUUUGUCCAGGGCCUUCCAUCAACUUGCUCAUUUUUGAACUUGUUUGCCACUCCCACUUGCCAAAUGCACGAUCAGUGCCUGUCAUUUCUGCAUGUUAGCAGCAGCUCAAAACCCUCUCUCUAUUUAUCUCUCCAGCCAACAGUGUCUUUUAUCUUUUGAAACUAGGAGUCCAUGGACUGGCCUCUCAUCUCGCUCAUCAUUCUCAAAAAAAGAGCAGAAGAAGUGUUUCUGCUCAGGGGAAAUAUGCGGAUGGUGGACGGAUGGUGUUUGGCUAAGUCAUGUACAAGUCAUGCUUUUCACAGCAUGAAAAUAAGAGAUCCAUGUAUAUUAGAAUGUAUCAGUCUUUAUUGAUUUUACAUACAUUUUUGAUUGGAUUUUGUUGAGGUACUUACACAAGAAGAGAAGAGCUUCAAUUUAUCGAACACUUUUAAAGGCUAAUUUAUGUAAAGGAAAUGUUCAGUGGAUUGAUAUUUAAAGGGGGGACUCCUCUGUCUUGGCUGUAUCUGUAGCAGACGCUCAUGGACAGAUAUUCUUGUAAUUGGUUGAGAGACAUAAAACCAGAGCUGUGUUUUAGCAAGAACCUGGCUAUAUGAUGCGUAUCAUGACACGGCAGAUAUGAAUCAAUGUAUUGCGAUUUAUGUUUAGCAUAAAAAACCUGUUUGCAUAAAAUCCGUGUAAAAGAAAAAACAAAAUAUUAUACAGUCAAAACAGCAGGGUUGAAUAAACAGUUUAACACUACCCUCUGUGUUUUUGAGAAUUGAUGCAGCAUUGCAAAUCGUAAUAUUGUGAUACUUUUGUUUUCUUACACACAUAUUGAAAAUGUGUUGUCUUAAAGGUAGAGCAUCAUGAUCUCACAUUUGUGUCAGUAUUGGCAGAUAAUUGCUGUUCAAAAGCAAUUAACAGAUAUCACAAUUGUCCCAAAAUUCCCAUAUUAGUGAACCCCUUGAAUUUGCGCUAAUUGUUGGGAUAAUUGUUGACGACAUUGUCCAUAGUUAUGAGCUGCAUGUUACCGACACUACUCAGACAGCCCUGGAGUAUUCCUUUAAGUUAUUUCUCAUCCACUUGAAGUGUUCUUUAAUAAACCCAAAGUCAUUCAAAAGUUCUACUGUUUCAUCGCUCCAAAGAACCCUUUGGCACCUAUAGUAAUACUUUAAGUGUAUUCUUUACCAGAGCCUGGCCUUUUCUUGGUAAGGCUUAAUGGUACUUAAAAAAAGGAUAACACUUGUAUCCCUUUUUAAUCAUGUGACCUGCAUUUUAUUUCUUCUUUGACUUUAAUUUAAGAUGUAUGUUUUGUAACCUACAGUCUGUCCAUUGGAUUUGCAGUAAGUGAUUAUAUGAAAUGAGUUGGUGUGAGUAAAUUUGAUCACCAUCCCUUGCACGUUAUGAUUAUGAACAAAGAAAAGUGGGAAAAAGGUCAACAGUAUUAUAUUGAAUUGCAACACCUGGGUCACUUUUUUUUUUUCUUACGCACAAGUUCUGCAUAGACAAAUGUUGUUACACCUCACAUACUGUUGUGACCUAUAUGUUUUUAAAUGGUUGAGUUUCUUCCCAGUGACGUUUUUGAUUUUAGGCUGACCCCCAAUCAAAAUUCCAUGGCAUCAGGAAGGCUGUAGACUGUAGCAAAUCUUAGAUGUAGUAGCUUCUCCUGUAAAGUGUAUAUCUGCUGUUAUUAGGGCACAAAUUGUUGUUGCCUGUCAACAAUGAUGGCAGUUAUUAAUUAAAGUUAUUAGAUUAAAGAUGA